CUCCGUCGGACGCCCUCCACCUGAGCCAACAUGCCGGCCCCCUGCCAGCCCCCCCACCACCAGCCCCACCUCCCCUCCCUCCACGGGUCCCUGCUGCUGCUGCUGGCGCUGCUCGCCCCCCUGGCCCGGGCCCAGUACGAGCACAUGGGCUACCCGCCCGGCUACCCCCAGCCGGAGCAGGAGAUGUACAGCGCGCCCCACAUCCCCGCCAACACCCCCAGGAUACAGCUGCGGCUGGCGGGCGACAAGCGCAAGCACAACGAGGGCCGGGUGGAGGUGUUCUACAGCGGGGAGUGGGGCACCGUGUGCGACGACGACUUCUCCAGCCACAACGCCAAGGUGGUGUGCCGCGAGCUGGGCUACCUGGAGGCCAUGUCCUGGUCGCCCUCCGCCAAGUACGGGAAGGGAGAAGGCCGCGUGUGGUUCGACAACGUCCACUGCAGCGGCAAGGAGAGCACGCUGGCGCUGUGUGAGUCCAAUGGGAUCGGAGUGUCGGACUGCAAGCACUCGGAGGACGUGGGCGUGGUCUGCAGCGACAAGAGGAUCCCGGGCUUCAAGUUCAUCAACUCGCUGCCCAACCAUGUGGAGCCCCUGGUGCGACUGCGUGGAGGUGCGAUCGUGGGGGAGGGCCGGGUGGAGGUGCUGAAGGGCGGAGAGUGGGGCACCAUCUGUGACGACCACUGGAGCCUGCUGGCCUCCUCCGUGGUGUGCAGGGAGCUGGGCUUCGGCACGGCCAAGGAGUCCCUCUCUGGAGGGCGGCUGGGACAGGGCAUGGGCCCGGUGCACAUGAACGAGGUGCAGUGCUCGGGCUUCGAGAAGUCCAUCACCGAGUGCCUCUUCGACAACGAGUCCCUGGGCUGCAGCCACGAGGAGGACGCGGCCGUGCGCUGCAACGUACCCGCCAUGGGCUUCCAGGAGCAGUUGCGUCUGCGCGGGGGCCGUAACCCCUUCGAGGGCAGGGUGGAGGUGCUGGUGAAGAGGAACGGCUCCCUGGUGUGGGGCACGGUGUGCAGCGAGGGCUGGGGCACCAUGGAGGCCAUGGUGACCUGCCGGCAGCUGGGGCUCGGCUUCGCCAGCAGCGCCUUCCAGGAGACGUGGUACUGGCCGGGGGACGUGAGCGCGGACCGCGUGGCGAUGAGCGGCGUGCGUUGCUCCGGGACGGAGAUGACCCUGUCCCACUGCCUCCACCACGGGGCGCACCUCGCCUGCCCGAAGGGAGGGGGCCGAAACGCUGCCGGGGUGUCCUGCUCCGAGACGGCCCCAGACCUGGUGCUGAACCCCCAGGUGGUGGAGCAGACCACCUACAUGGAGGACCGGCCCAUGUUCAUGCUGCAGUGCGCCUACGAGGAGGACUGCCUGGCGUCGGGCUCCAAGGACGACCCCGCCACCGCCAUCCGCCGCCUGCUGCGCUUCUCCUCCCAGAUACACAACAACGGCCAGUCCGACUUCAGGCCCAAGGCCGGGCGACACUCCUGGGUCUGGCACGAGUGCCACAGACAUUACCACAGCAUGGAGGUGUUUACCCACUAUGACCUGUUCAGUCUCAACGGCACCAAGGUAGCAGAAGGACACAAGGCCAGCUUCUGUCUGGAGGACUCAGAGUGCGACGAAGGGAUCGACAAGAGGUACGAAUGUGCCAACUUCGGGGAGCAAGGCAUCACGGUGGGCUGCUGGGACACGUACCGCCACGACAUCGACUGCCAGUGGGUCGAUAUCAGCGACAUCAAACCCGGAGACUACAUCUUCCAGGUGGUGAUCAAUCCCAACUACGAGGUUCCUGAGUCCGAUUACUCCAACAACAUCAUGAAGUGCCGGUGUCGGUACGACGGGAACCGGGUGUGGAUGUACAGCUGCCACAACGGAGGCUCCCUGAGCUCUGAGUCGGAGCAGGCGUUCCCCGGCCUGCUGAACAACCAGGUGACCCACCGCUAAAAGAGCGGGAAACCUUGAGAGAGGCCCCGCCCCCAGCCCUACGUCGUUUCCAUGGAGAGUCUGACGCCUAGCAACCACCCGUCUCCUCUCUCCGUUGUGUGUGUGUGUGUGUGUGUGUGUGUGUGUGUGUGUGUGUGUGUGUGUGUGUGUGUGUGUGUGUGUGUGUGUGUGUGUGUGUGUGUGUGUGUGUGUGUGUGUGUGUGUGUGUGUGUGUGUGUGUGAAUGGUUCCAACUUCGACAGUCGGGAAAGCGACGUGAAGAUGCAGCUCUCUUUUGAACUACGACCACAACCAUCCCAGCUACCCCCUUCUCCGCUAAUACCACCACCACCACCACCAUCACCACCAACCCCACCAUCACCACCACCACCACAAGCCCUGACCAAACAGAGACCAAACCGACCAUGCCCUCUAAUCCCCAUUUUCAAUUCGCAAACUCUAACCCCCUUCGAAGUGACUGCUCCCGGAAUUGAGGCAGCUAUUACGCUGUUUUGGUUUGCAAAGGCUAACUGCAUGCUAGCAGAGCUAAAGGCUAGCCCAGCUUAUUGCUAGCAGGGCUAAAGGCUAUCCCAGCUGACUGCUAGCCCAGCUAACCGCUAGCAGAGCUAAAGGCUAGCCCAACUAACCACUAGCCGGGCUAAAGGCUAGCCCAGCUAACCGCUGGCAGAGCUAAAAGCUAGCCCAGCUAACCGCUCCCAUGGUCAAAAUCUCAGGAGCCAGCCGCAGCUUAAUCGAGCCGCUUCCCGCUCAGCGAGUCUUUUAAACUCCUCCUCUCGUUUUAAUGAUGUGUCCCCGCGGCGGCCGGGUCUGUCGUCAGGUGCGGCGGUGUCUUCCAGAGUGCGUCGGCUUUGAGGAGCGUUAAUUAAAGGGAAUCCUCCGGAGUGGGGAGCGCCGCGGCUCAAAGCCCCGUCCCGUCGCGGCGCGGCGCGGGCCGGCGACCCCGGGACCCGGGGACGGGCGGCUCACCGGCUCCGCCGCUCGGCGGGGAGAGGACGGGUCGGACUCAGCCUUAGCAGUAAUCCUUUUAUUUUUUUUCAUCUUGCUCAUUAGUUGAAAGUGCGUUUUUUUUAUUAUUUUUUUAGCUCGUUGGAGAUGUCUUAUGGUUAAUUAUUAAGUGCCGUUACCUUCAUCUUAUCCGUCUCCCCCACUUCUGCACAAGUGUUUUAAUGUGCCCACCGGAGUCUUGCGGUCGAUCUUUACCUUAUAGAAUUCUUCUUCUUACUCGAUUUUCUUACCAGGCUUAUCCUCUGUUCUGUGCCGUCAUUAGAGGUUCUAAGUCUCUAAGAGUUUCAUCACAGGUGACGAUCAUUGCAUGAAACCUUUCUAAUUAAUCCAAAUACCGAUCAGACUCACCAUUUAUUUAUGGUGCCUUUCGUGCCAAACGGCUCUUCAAAGUGCUUUUCAACAAAACAAGAGGAAUUAAAUUAACAGUAAAAAUAAAGAAUAAUAAACAACCGUUACAAAAAACCGAAUUAAGAAAAUGUGAGAGGUGGAAAAAUGUAACGAAAAAUGACCUAACCGCACUGCUUUAGCUUUUGAGUGUAACAAGAUGGUGGCAAAUGCUUUUUAAGUCGUGAUGUGAAGCACGGAUUUCGGGAAUGUUACAAGACCCCAAAAGAUGCCAAAUCCCCUUUUGGUGCUUGUGUAAACUCUAAACACUCUGACACCCAAUUAGUAACUUAUUGUUAAAAGUCAGGGAUUUUAAAGUUUUAGUUAGUCCUUUUAAACAGUGUUUUUGUUUUUGUACAAAGAUGUGUGUAAAUCAUAUUUUAUUGUACAUCUUUACUGGUGCUAUAGCUGAUCCUCUGUUUUCUGAGGAAGCAGUGAUCGGCCUGAUUAUCUGUUUACUUGCGGUGUACUUGAACAGAAUGUAAGUAAACCUAAAUAUGCUUUGUGUUAACUCAAAUAAAGGUAUGAGGCAAUCCGA